CUAAUUAAAAUCUAAGAGAGUCAAAGGCAUCACAAGCAAAGCAAAUCGCAGAUAAGAGAGAGAGAGAGGGAGAGAUUGGAAUCUGAAACUGACCAUCGAGAUUUACGUUUCUCCGUUUUCGUCACGCCGAAGGUUCUCUUCACAAGAAACCCCCAAAAGUUUUUAGCAAAAAAAUCAGCAGCUCUUCUCUCUCUCUCUCUCUCUGACUGUUCUAUCACUGAAUCUGUGUUUAAUGGCGAUUCCAGAUUCUAUAUUCUUUUCCGCUUUCGCCUUUACCUCAAUCUUCUUCUUCACGAAAUGCCGUUGUUGAAAAAGUGAUACUCUCCACUCACUUACCCUUUGCAUUUAUUCCACUCCCACUUCGUCUUCUUCGAUCAGCUUCCACUGCUUCUCCUCUGAAUCCACCUUAAAGUUAUCAGGUGAAUAAGCAAUAAACUUUGAUGUGAGUGAGCCUAAAAGAUUUCAUGAUGAAGAUUGUUGCAGCUUUCGUUUUCCUUUUACUCUCCCCAUUUGUUUCGCCCACUGACAUAGACACAGACAAGCAAGCCCUUCUCGAGUUCGCUUCUCUUGUCCCCCACGUGCGCAAACUCAACUGGAACACAACAAUCCCAAUCUGCACAUCCUGGACAGGCAUCACCUGCUCCAAGAACAACGCCCGUGUAACCGCCCUCCGUCUCCCUGGCUCCGGACUCUACGGACCUUUACCAGAGAAGACGUUUGAGCAGCUUGACGCUCUCAGGAUCAUCAGCCUCCGUUCCAACAACCUCCAAGGGAGCAUCCCGUCUGCUAUCCUCUCUCUUCCUUUCAUCAGAUCUCUCUACUUUCAUGACAACAACUUCUCUGGCUCCAUCCCUCCUGCUCUCUCUCCUCGCCUUGUGAAUCUUGAUCUCUCCGCCAACUCGCUCUCUGGAAGCAUCCCCGGGACUCUAAGGAACUUGACUCAGCUCACUGAUCUCAGCUUGCAGAAUAAUUCUCUCACUGGGCCUAUCCCUGACCUCCCUCCUAGCUUAAAGUACUUGAACGUGAGCUACAAUAGCCUUAACGGCUCAGUUCCUUCUUCUGUCAAGUCCUUCCCACCAUCUGCGUUUCAAGGCAAUACCCUUUUAUGCGGCGGUCCUCUAACUCCAUGUCCGGAGAACACCACUUCACCAUCUCCUUCGCCGAGUCCACCAGCCAAGAGUCCUGAUACAAGCAAAAGAGUUCUCUCUACCGCUGCUAUUGUCGGCAUUGCAGUUGGAGGUUCGGUUCUGUUAUUCAUCCUUCUCGCCAUCCUAACCCUCUGCUGCGCCAAGAAGAAAGACAACGGGCAAGAGAGCAGCACCACCGCGGCGCCGAAAGCCAAACCAGGGAGGAGUGACAACAAGGCGGAGGAGUUCGGGAGCGGGGUCCAGGAAGCGGAGAAGAACAAGCUUGUCUUCUUCGAAGGAAGCUCGUACAACUUCGACCUCGAGGACUUGCUCAGAGCCUCUGCUGAAGUUCUAGGAAAAGGAAGCUACGGGACGACGUAUAAGGCUAUAUUAGAGGAAGGAACCACUGUGGUGGUGAAGAGGCUUAAAGAAGUAGCAGCUGGGAAAAGAGAGUUCGAGCAGCAGAUGGAAGCUGUGGGAAGGAUCAGCCCGCACGGGAAUGUAGCUCCUCUCCGUGCUUAUUACUUCUCUAAAGACGAGAAGCUCCUCGUGUAUGAUUACUACCAAGGAGGCAACUUCUCCAUGCUUCUUCACGGAAACAACGAAGGAGGAAGAGGUGCAUUGGACUGGGAACAAAGGCUAAAGAUCUGUUUAGGAGCUGCAAAAGGAAUAGCUCACAUACACUCUUCAUCCGGUGCCAAGCUCCUCCACGGUAACAUCAAAUCACCAAACGUCCUCUUAACGCAAGACCUCAACGCCUGCGUCUCGGACUACGGCAUAGCUCCUCUGAUGAGCCACCACACCUUGCUCCCAUCAAGAAGCUUAGGAUACAGAGCGCCUGAAGCCAUAGAGACACGGAAACACACUCAAAAAUCCGACGUGUACAGCUUUGGCGUGCUGUUGCUCGAAAUGCUGACGGGGAAAGCAGCAGGGAAGACGACGGGGCACGAGGAAGUGGUGGAUUUGCCCAAGUGGGUGCAGUCGGUUGUGAGAGAGGAGUGGACUGGGGAAGUGUUUGACGUGGAGCUUAUAAAGCAGCAGCAUAACGUGGAGGAAGAGAUGGUGCAGAUGUUGCAAGUGGCGAUGGCUUGUGUGUCGAAGCAUCCGGAUUCUAGGCCUUCGAUGGAGGAAGUUGUUAACAUGAUGGAGGAGGUUAGGCCUUCUAAUGGUUCUGGUGCUGGCUCUGGUAAUAGAGCCUCUUCGCCUGAGAUGAUCAGAAGCUCUGAUAGCCCGGUUUAGAUUGGUUAUUAUUUUCUUUCUGAAAUCAUUAUUUAUUUCGCUUUUUUUAAUUAUUGGGAAUAAACCUUUUCGUAGUUGACUAAUUCAGCAUGUGAUUUGUUCUAAUCAUUACUCUGGAAAAGUAGUGUAAUUGAAACUCUCUAUCUUUAGUCCUCAGAUUGUUCUUUUUUUUUUUUGUUAUUGCGUGUGUGGUUAAUAUAAUUUCCAUUUC